GGGGCGGGGCUGUCGGGUCUUCCCUGGUGGCACUUCCGCCUGCGUGAUGGGGCAACCGGCCGCCAGGGAAGGGGCAUCUCUACGUGUCCGGGUAGUGCGCUGUCCCGCGGGGAGACGCAGAAUAUAUAGUGAACAGUCUUCUGGCUUUCAGACAACUUCUUGAAACCUAUUUAGAAACAGGAUGUAAACACUUCUGAUCCUGUUUGUCCUUAGGUUACAGGUAGAGAGUAAGACAAUGGCAGGCAAUAACCAGCUUUGCAUCCGACGUUGGACUACUAAGAACGUAGCCAAAUGGCUAAAGGAAGAAGGCUUCUGCGAGUAUGUGGACAUUUUGUGCAAUAGACACAGGCUGGAUGGAAUUACAUUAUUGACACUGACUGAAUUUGAUUUGCGAUCUCCUCCUCUGGAAAUCAAAGUCCUGGGCGAUAUCAAAAGACUAAUGUUGUCGAUACGCAAAUUGCAGAAACAGCAUAUUGAGGUUUUAGAAGAGUUGGGUUACAACAGCGAUAGUCCCAUUGGCACAAUGUCUCCUACUGUUGGCUCCCUUCAAGGUACGGAUUGGUUUUGUAAUGGUGAAGUACCACGGGACUGUGGACCAGUCACUGACCUGAAUGCCGAUCAGUAUCAAUACGCAAAUGGGAAAAACAAACAUCCUAUGCGAAGACUGGACCCUGAGUACUGGAAAACAGUCUUAAGUUGUAUAUAUGUUUUCAUAGUGUUUGGCUUUACAUCUUUUGUCAUGGUUAUAGUACAUGAGCGCGUACCAGACAUGCAGACAUAUCCUCCGCUACCAGACAUAUUUCUAGACAGUGUUCCUAGGAUACCUUGGGCCUUUGCCAUGACUGAAGUGUGUGGUGUGAUUCUCUGCUACAUUUGGCUCCUGGUUCUCCUCCUUCACAGACACAGGUCUAUACUCUUACGCAGAUUGUGUAGCUUAAUGGGGACAGUGUUCUUGUUGCGUUGCUUUACAAUGUUUGUUACCUCACUCUCUGUGCCAGGCCAGCAUCUGCAGUGUUCCGGAAAGUUGUAUGGCAAUGUGUGGGCAAAACUUCAGCGAGCAUUUGCAAUAUGGAGUGGUUUUGGAAUGACACUCACUGGAGUACAUACAUGUGGAGACUACAUGUUCAGUGGCCAUACUGUUGUACUGACUAUGCUGAACUUCUUUGUCACUGAAUAUACACCAAGAAGCUGGAACUUCUUGCAUACUUUAUCCUGGGUCCUGAAUCUCUUUGGAAUCUUCUUCAUUUUGGCUGCACAUGAACAUUACUCUAUAGAUGUCUUCAUUGCCUUCUACAUCACCACAAGACUCUUUUUGUACUACCACACAUUGGCUAAUACCAGAGCAUAUCAGCAGAGUAGGAGAGCGAGAAUCUGGUUUCCAAUGUUUUCUUUUUUUGAAUGCAACGUUAAUGGUACAGUUCCUAAUGAGUAUUGCUGGCCCUUUUCAAAACCUACAAUAAUGAGAGAGUUAAUUGGAUGAAGAGUACCUAGUUUAAUCUAAGUUAGUAAGAAGUAUUCGUAACAAAUCUCUACAGAACUAGCUGGAAAAAGAAGAUAACUGUUUCCAUCCCUGUGGUCUCCUCAUGCCCCACUUCUUAGAUUCUCAGUCACAAAGUUGGGAUUUCCAUACUUCAUAAGGUAGUAGUAGAAUCUAACGCUAGGAGGAUAGGUAGAGGCUGCCCAUAGAUCAUUAUGAAUCUGAAAUAGAGACGUCGUCAUUACCAUUGGCAUGAUUCUACAAAAAUGCUUUAGGGUAGAGAAUAACUUACACCUUUAAUGUAUGCUUUACCAGACUUGCUGUUUUGAAGUCCAGAUGAUCUCUGGUAACUUGAAUAUUUACCUGUUCAAGUAAAGCUAAAUACUAAUUUGUUAGCCACUGACUUAUAUUUAAUAUUAUUUUUAAAAGUAACUUUUUCUGUUGAGGCGUGUACACUUAGAAAAUGAGAUUCUGAAGAGUAGCUUGUCACAAUAAGGAAAGUAGUGUAGCUCUUUACUAAAUGGUUUCCCAGAAAUCUUAAAUAAGAAUUCUGAAAAAGGUAUAAUGGACAAUACGUGUUGUGUAUAUACAGAAGGCCAAAGAUGAAACUGCCUGCUUUUUUGAUUUGGGAGUUGUCAGCUAUUAAGAUGAUGUUUGAACAGGGCUUAUUUGGUCAGAGUAAACGGUUUAUGCCAUUGUCCUACUGCUUUGACAGUUUCUUGUUGGUUUAGAAAGGAAAGCUACAUCUGUUGAAAAUGAAGAUGAGGUAGCUUAAGUGCUUUAGAGUCAUAUAGUUACUCUCUCUUCUGUAUGGUUUAUCAAAUACUUCACCUAAACCUAUGCAUGCUUUUUAUGAGCAACUCUUCAAUCACUAGAAUAAUAGAAUAGUUAAAUUUAUCUUGAAGUAACAUAGUGCCUCGUAAAUAGAUGGGGAAAUGCAUGUAGUGAUAUCCCUCCAUCCCCUUCAGGAAAAGUUUUAAAAGCAAGUUUCAAAAAUGUUGAUCUUUAUUUUAUUUUUUUUUUGUCCCAAUCCAUCUGGUAUCAGCAAAUGUUGAACAUAUUUGAAUGCGUAAGGGUUUUUGAUGAAUUGUAUAUACAGUAAAAUACUUUAUACUUAGUCUUAGAAAUUAUGAAAAUAGACUGGUUGUUAGAAAUAAGCUGCUUGUUUAUGACACUAGUAGUUACAGUAUCUUAAGCGGUUUAACUUUUAUCACUUUUUUUGAGAGAGCCUGAUUUUGCUUGUGAAAGACUAGUGGUUAGAACUGGAGCCUGAAGUAGUGCGUGCAAGCAGGGCCCAUACUUGUUAGUGAUCUUACAAACCGUUAUCCAUAUAUUUUUUGUGUGCAGGAAGGUAGCUUUAACUAUAGUUACUCAGAUUUAAUGGGGAAUAGUAGUUCAAUUUGAGUUGCAAAUAGCAACAAACACAUAAAUGUUGGUUAUUAUCAUGUUAAUUCACUAUCCCAUAAUUUCAGAAUAACUAAUGUGUGAGAAGAGGUAGUGCAAUGUCAGCCUUAAAAAAAUUUCCAUGACAGUUUGCCAUCCCGAUACAAACUGUUCACUCCCACUUUAUAGUGACUAUAGGAAAACUGAAAUACAUGCAGUACUUGCCUGUCAACAACAACAAAUUUACCCCGGCAAGUAAAAUUUUGCAAGACUUAAUUAGGUAUUUGAAGCUCAGUCUAGUAUGGUCUCCCAUCUCUACAUUUAUCGGCCAUAACAAAGAUACUUUAAACUUGGAAUUAGAAACAGUAAUUAAGGAGAGAAUAUAUUACCAGCUCUUCAGAAUGUUUAUUUUAAAAGUCUGAAGUUUAUUUAGUUCCUGUUCCUGGGACGAAUUCCAUAUCCCAGAGCAUCUGUACCAAAUGCAGGAGCACACCUAGUGUAAGUUGCAUUGCUCUGCACACUUUGAUACCUGUAACAUUCCUGUUCUUUAACAAACCUGCUGCUAAUGGUAAAGCAUCCAAACCUGCUGAGUGCUCCCAGCACCUAAACUAGGGAAAUGCACUGACACUUUGCAAAACAGAAUCUUUAAUCUCCAAGGAUUUAUGUUUUUAUAAUUAAAUAUUUGUUUGCUACCCCAGUCUUCCUGAUACGAACAGGCAGUCUGAACAUUCCUCUUAGUACUCUGGAAUAAAAAGUUCCCAGUUAUGGGGGGACACUUGCUUCUGUAGUGCCCAGUAAUUAAUUGGGCCAUUGUUUAACAGUGUUAUUUCUUUACACAUUUUGGACACGCAUUAAAGUGUUAAAGAUUUAUAUUCUCUGAGGUUUUUGAUACUUUAGGGAAAACAGGAAUAAAAAAUGCAGCUAAAUUUGCAAAGCUGUUGACUCUGACUGUAACUCCAGACUGCUGACCAGCUUUGCUGUGUCUCAAUUGUAGAAUUUUUUCAGUCUUAUUUACUCGUGUCUAGUAAAGCAAAAAGUUCUAUAACUUAUCACAGAAGUGUUUACAUAACCUAAAACGACAUCUCAAGAUUUUUAGGUGUAAUACUUAAAGUUCAAAUCUUUGUUUUUGAAAGCAUAAACAUUCUUGGGUUUUUAUUUUGCCUCCAGCUUUAUUUAUUUCUCAAGUGCUGUUUACAUCUAAAGUAUUGUCAAGUCAGUAUUGUGGUUUGUUUUGAAUAUUUUUAUGAAAAUAGGAUAUUUGCUAUCAACACAAUUGCUUUAUGUAUUCACACACUGAUCCUCUUGCUGCUAAGAAUCUGUUUCCGAUACUUGUAACAUGCAGGACUGAUUUCCUGGGAACUGGGCAGGGUAUUAAGACUGUCAAUCCUUCUAUUUCUUGGAGGUUAGGCAUCUCUGCCAAUAGACACAAAUCCAGUAGCUCGUAACAACUUUCUGACUAUAAAGAGAAAACAAAAUAUUUCAGGUUCUUUUAUUCAGAGUUUCAAAACAAGGGUUGGCCCUUAAAGCAAUAUUGGCAACUUGAUUAGACUUUUCCCCCACAAUUUGUUUCAAAGUCAAGCAAGGUACAGAAUUUUAAAAUGUUUUUAUACAGGUUUUUUGCCGCUGCUUUUAACAAGUCUUGGUGUUUGUUUUGCAGCAGAAAGGUUGGGCCUGAAUAAUGCUAAACGUGCUCUAUCUUGCUGUGCCUCCCUUUUUAUGACCUCACACACCUGCAUGCUGCCUCCUCUAUGCCAUCUUACCUGCAGCUCUUUCUGGCAGAUGCCCUGUUGCAAAGCCUGGGGUAAAACCAUACAUGAGUUCACCCUCAAAACGGGACAUGUGUGAUGUCAUCAGGUUAGUGCUUUAUACAGGAAGUGCAAAUGAUGAGCAAACCCAAGAAAUGGACUUUCAAACACACAAAGUAAAUAAACUGAAUAAAAUAGAAAAACAUUUCUCUAAUCUUUCAGUUACAAGGAAUACCUGAGAUUAUUGGAACAGUAGGGUCAAAUUUACAGAUUCCCCCUCCCCCUCCACUCCCCCCAAAAAAAACCAAACAAAAAACCUGAUUAUGUCCCUUUUAACUUGGCUGAAAUAGUUAAGCCACAGAGUCCCUCAGGACCUCAAUACUUAAGGCAAAAGUGUAAAUUCAGGCUUAGAUUUUGGCGUCUGUAGUGAUGAUGAAAGGGGAAAGUGCCCUUUCUUGGUCUCGUGACAUAAGAAGACUGAAAGCUACAUGCAAAUUUUUUGUGUUCAAAAUAUCUGGUCUUGAUUCUCCUUGCUGGAGGAUUCCUCUGAGGCCUGGAAAAUUAACUGACACUACCAGAGAGUGAACCUGAAUAAAAAGUACUUUUUAAAAUCCAUUUAACGCAAACUCCUGACAAAGACUUGGGAGAGAAUCCUUUUUAUCAAAGAUUCAACACCUCUGCUUUUCAACUGAGGACUCAAAGCUUCCACUCCACUUCUCUAUUUCUUUUAUGGAGUCUUCCAGCAAAAACAGGACAACUCAAUAGUUCUGAUAUUUCUAAGAAAAUCAAAUAAGCAGAAACACUUCAAUAGGCCCCCAAGUCCUCAGACUUUCAGACUGACUUAGAGCCAGAUCUUGCAAGGUGUUAAGCAUAUGCUUAACUUUAAGCACACGAGUAGACCCAUUAGCUUCAGUGAGAUUACUUGUGCUUUAAGUGCUUUUCUGGAUCUGGGCCAGUGUGUUCAGCACCAUGUAGAACUGAGCCCUUAUAUGAUAAAUAAGUGGGCACAUGGUUUUGUUUUCUAUUUUAGGUCACAUUAAAUCUCCAUGCACCAUAUGGAAAACAUGUUCCAAUAGAAUAUCUAAGAUAAAUGAAUAUUCGAAGUAAAGUCACUUCUGUAGAGAUGACAUCAAAUCUAGGACGAUUUGUAUUAGUGUUUUGAUAUUACAAGAUGCAGAGCUCAGUGAAAAUGAGCUGGAAAUCCCAACUGCCAGUGCUAAUAUGGUAAAUAAAACCUUUUUACAAGUUUCUAACCCCACAAGCCACAAAACUUGGCUAAUUUAUAAAUGUGUAGAUUGUUCAAUGUAGCAAUUCUUGACCUGUUUUCCCAGUGAAAUUUACUGUGGUGUUUGGAACAAAAAUCAAUAUUUAAAACAGCAUUCCUAAAGUCUGCAUAACGUUUUAUUAGCACAGCAGUGUUAGAUACUUACACACUACAGUGCUACACUGUUUCAUUACUAGUUACAUAAUUUCUUAUUAGUACAACAAAAUCAAGUUGCUUGGAAGUGUCUGAAUUUAAUGGAAGUUCUUUUGUAGACUUCAAGUACCACAUGACUAAUUCAUUAUUUUUAUUAUUUCCUUUCUGUAUUGUUUGUUCUAUUUGAGAAGAUUAAGAUAUUUUUGUGAAGAAGGAUUUUGCCAUAAUUUAUGUUGCUUUAUUCAAAACAAUUUAGGCUUCUUUAAACAAAAUUCACCUAUGGUAAUUAUAAAGCCGAUGUGGCUUUGUAGGGUUGGCAGUUUAUAAUUAGUAGAUACCCCAGCAAUGAUCUAAUGUGAACUGUGAAUUACCUCGCCUGCCUAAAGGCCUUUUUGUGUCAAGGAUUAAUUGGUAGACCACUAAUAAUCCAUAUAUAUAUGUCUUUUUCUGGUGUUUUCCUUUGAGACAUUGUCUGAUUUUUAUGAUUUGACUGAAACAGUCUUUUGUUGUGGGCAAAGUUGACAUGGAAUUAACCUACAAAAUAGUUCUCCUUUAUUGUAAAUGUCUUUCUGAACAGUAAAAGGCACAGUACUAUAUUACAUCUGUUCUGAGUCAUCCAUUUUGUAGUUUCUGGUAAUGUUCACAGAUUGAGCCACAAGUGUGCUACAAUAAAUGGAAUGUACAUAGUUCUACGUGAUAUACAUUUUCAGAACAGAGUUGUGGUAGUUGUGUAAGAAUUUAAAAUACUUUUUAAAAGUGGAGCAUAUUGAAUUCAUGUAUUAACCCCAUGAUUUAAAUAGUUACUUUACUUUAAACUUAAUGUCCUCUUUCAUUCAACUGUAAGUGACUUAUUUAUACAGAGGAAUUACAGACUACACUAAUGUAUAGUGCUUAGCGUAACAAGAUGUAUAAAAACUAGUACUUAAAGGUUUUUGGGGAAAAUGUUUCUUUGCACUAAACAUGGAUCUUUUUAGUUAAGUAUUCACACACACUCUCUCUCUAGUGUUACUUGAAGGUUUGAAAGUUCCUGUGGCCAUGAAGUUUGAAGCACAGUAAUGUAAAUAAGUAAAUAUUGUUUUGACUCUAAAAUUAAACCCAGAUUUAAUUAAUAUAUUUUUUAUCUUGUAUUAGAACAAAUAUUUAAAAGCAUUAAAAAUAAAAUCUUUAGAAGACG